AUGCUGAAAAAUGAAUGGGCACCACUGGGCAUCCCUUUCCUCUUCUUUCUUUUGCUGCUGAUCUCGCAUCUGGCUACGCUCCUUCUUGUUCAGGGUCAUCAAAUGAGAGAUCUUCCUCUAACCCUGAGAAAUCAGUCAAGUAGGAGGCUACCCUCGACUCACUUCUCUAUUUAAAAAUCCCUCCCCAAAGGAAAGCAAAAGCUCCAGGAUGAGUAUGUCUUGGAUUCCCGAACUAAUUCUCGUCCUAAUCCACUAUGGAAGUUUUGGAAUCUAUAAAAAAAUUCUAAGAGAGGUCUCGUAAUGAUCUUCUAA